AUGUUCUGCCAGGACCUGGGUUCCGAAAGCAUCUCUAGUCGCCCGUUAGGCAACCUGGAACUUUUUUUCAAGACGCUUUCAGAGGCUGGCCGGCCUCUGAAUCGAGAUCACUGGACUAUACAUGCUGCACUGAAGCUCAGAUUCGAGUCUUCUCUUGUCGACCCGAUUCCAUUCUUACGUAGAUCAUGGGAAAUUCUACGAUAUCAAUACCCUGCACUAGGGGCGACGAUAACUCAUGACAAGCGUGAGUCAACACACGGGCGCCCGCACUUGAAAGCAGAAACGUCGAACGCACACACCUGGAUCAACGAUACAUUUAUCGUGUCUCAUGAUUGCGAUAGCGCUUCCAGUCUGUUCUCGACUCUCCUUUCCACAGCAACGGCCACGUGUUACUGGAUCCCUAGAUCAUCAGAAUUUGUCAUUCGCUCAUCCCAUUGGCGCAUCGAUGGAGUAGGAAUGGCUUUUCUCUGCCACGACUUUAUGAAAGCCCUAGGUUGGGUCAUCCGGCAAGGGCUUGAAACUCCCGUAGAAGAUUGUGCCGCAUUGUUCAACAAGCCGCCCAGCAUUGCACCGAACCUCGAACUCCUGGCGCAUGCCCAAUCCCAGCUAGCACCGGUUGCCGUCGACACUGAAAGCCCGGUUCUAGCGGCUGGUGCUGACGCGCUGGUGGCCGAAUUUCUUCGUGGUAUACCAAGCAUUGGUCUGCCGACCAUAGCUGACUCCUCUGGAGCGAUUCCCGGUGCCAGCAGUCGUGUUGGUACUCGUCUCAGCAGAGAGUUGACGACAAGGUUUACCGCAGCAUGCCGAGGCAAAUCCAUCAAGGUAUCUAGUGCUGUGCAUGCAGCAAUAGUCUGUGUUACGGCAGGCUUUCCGCAAGACCCACGUUGCAAAUCAUAUGCGGCUUUCGCUCCUGUUGACCUUCGGCGGUCGCUCGAGACUACUGCGACGACCGAAACAAGUGACAUUCCCAAGGUUGUCGGAUUGUACUUUUCUGGCCUGCCCGUUCCCGUCGACGAAGUGGCCGGCAAAGACUUUGACACGAUUUCUCGAGGUCUGGACUCCACGUACUCGCGCGAUCUGCUCGAGUUCUGGGGUCCUGCCGAUGGCCAAGGCCGUAAGGUUAGUCUCCUAGAUCUGGCUGAACCCUACGUACGGCGUACAACCGCGCUUUUCAACGCCCCGAUAUCAAAUGAUCUGCCACCUGUUCAAACGCCGGAUCUGAGUAGUCUUGGGAAACUCGAAUCGUUUCUGCAGACCAACUACGAGAACAUUGCGGGCGAAAACCUUGAGGUGGCUAACUUCUGGAUUGGAACAGAGAUGCUAAACAGAUGUGUGCAGUUUCACACGUGGAGUUGGAAAGGCGAAUUCAAUCUGGGAGCCAGUUUCAAUCAAAGUUUCUACGAGAAGCAAUUUGUGGUUGACGUCUUGGAAAAGGUUGUGUACGAAUUACUGAAGGGAUGUGGCAUUGAGUAA